AUGGAAAUUGAGAGUGGUAUCAGUUGUAGUGGCAGUAACAACAAGGGCAACGGUAAUGGCAAGCAAAGGGUCAUAGACAAUCCCUCUGGGGGAAUUGAUUAUAUAAGCAACCUCCCUGAAGCAAUUUUACUCUGCAUUCUCUCUUUUUUGCCUUUAAAAGAGUGGAUCAAGGUAAGCCUCCUAUCGAAAAGGUGGAAAUAUCUAUGGACAAAAAUAUCAAACCUGAAGCUUGAUGAAGUUGAGAUGAUCACAAAUAUUAUAAAGAAAGAUAUAAGCUGUCCCCUAUGUGGAAAAUUUCCUAGUCAAGUUAGCUCUUGUCUAUGCCUGGACAAUGCAACAUGUGCAGGACGAAGGAAAUUUGCAGAUUUUGUGGACCGAAUGCUCCUCUUACACUCAGGGUACACCAUCAACAACUUGAGGCUAUCUUUCCUUUAUGAUCCCCAGGAUGGAUAUACCAAAAGGAUUGACACCUGGGUCUGCUAUGCCCUGAGAAGCAACAUCAAGGAGCUAGAACUGAACUUCAGUGAUAGAGAAUAUUUGAAGUUCUUAGAUAAGAAAGGAUUGGCAGUAAGAUGGGCCGAUCCUCAUCAACCAUAUGAGUUGCCUCAUGGCUUUUUUAAACCCAAAAUGUUGGAAACCUUUGUCUUAACAUUUUGCAAGUUUAGAGCAUCCAGCUUUAAUACUUUUAGUUCUCUUCUGAGGCUACACCUGAAACGCCUUGAAGUUCUUGAUGGCUCAAUAGAGCACAUAACAUCCAGGUGUCCUGUCCUAGAAGAUCUGAUCCUGGAAUACUGUCUUAUUCCUGAUGGGUAUUUUGUGAGCAAAGUUGACAUAAUGAUCAAAAGACUUUCAAUAGUUCAUUGUGCAUCAAAAGACAUGCUCCGUUUGGAUAUAUCAACUCCAAACUUGUUGAUGCUGACAAUUGUAGAAAAAUACCUGAAAUCAGCAUCAAUUAGGAAAGCAACAGAACUGAUUGAUGCUCGGAUAAGCAUUUAUGCAAUAUCUGCACACAAUGCUGAUGGACAUGCUCUUAACUCACUGUUGAAUGGUUAUACCUAUGGAGUCAACAUUGCUGCAGAGACUGCAUAUUCCACUCCAAAAACUGAUGCGCUUAAGGCAAUUUACAGAUAUGAAUUUCCAAGUCGAACCAUGUACAACAUUGAUGAAGAAAAUUGGGAGUCACAAAUUCGGCAAUUCCCUUGCUUGAAAACCUCCCUGAAGGAAAUCACAGUAACUGAGCUAAUGGGAAGAAGAAAUGAGGUGCAGUUGAUCAUGUUCUUUCUGAAGUAUGCAGCAGUCCUUGAAAAAGUGACAUUCUCCCUUUGUGGACCAAACAAGUAUCUGUCUUACAGCCCAGAUAAAGUCACAUCCUUCCGAGAGAACUUAAGUCAGAUGUUUGACUUCAUAAGGGGAUCCAUCCAAGCUGAAAUAAAAAUUGAUGGGGAAUCCUACCCCAAUGUUGUCUAG